CCACUACCACCGAAUACUAAAUACAGACCAAAGCUCCGGUCCCGUCGGCAAAACACACUAACUAAACCAAACUACAUCCGCCCACCGACGGACACGCUCCGGACAUUUAUCCAUUCCUAUCUAAAAUGAUACGGAGUACAUUAAAUGAGUUAUGGAUUAUGGAUUAUGGGUGAUGGAUGAUCGCUUAGCAGGUCCCGCGUGGUUCACGUCAAUUAGGGCUGAGACGCGCGACUCGUCCGUGGAAGAAUCGUUCGUUUCGUUCGGAAUUCCUCGGAAGGAGAGGGAUGUGGAUGGAUGGAUGGAUCCGACCCGACGCAAUUAUUUGCCGUGGAUUGGAUUGGAUUGGAUUCGAUCAGUGCCUAGGUCCGAGAUAUUUCCUGUACAGCCGACGGGGUUUUUGGGUUGUCGGAUGUUCAUGAUUCGUGGAGAGGGUGGGUCGGUGGAGGGAAGGUCACGUGUGGUGAAUGGGUGGGUGAGUGGGUGAUGCUAUGCUUGAUUGGGGCAUGUAGUCGAGUCAGUGCCAGUCGUUGGAUGGGAUAUUGUCUAUCGUGUUUGUUGGGUA